AUGUCAGGUAUUUUAGAAGUGGAAAUAUCAGGAGCUGGAGAGGAGGCAGGAGGUGAGGAACGAGAUGAAACGUAUGAGAGGUCUAAAAACGAGUGGCUUUCUUGUUCUCGUCGUAGACGUGCUUGCGAGAAGCACGGAGUGUUUCCCAUUCAGGACGAGUCAGAUCUCUUCGAGCACGUGGCUUCGACGGCAUGGCAAGGAUAUCAGGGUUGGUACGACGAGCAAUGUGGAAUCCGUGUAGGAACGAGUCACGAUUUAACGAUCUUGUUCUCAAAACCCUCGAAUUCGCCAUGGCAGUUCCAGCUACACUUGAAAACUACAUAUGGCUCCCUGUCAAGACCUGUGGUCAGUUCGCAAUUCAGGAGUCAAAGGAGUUGCGAAGGAGAAAUAAAAGAGAUUCGGCUGAAUGUUGAAAUGAAAUUGGAAGUUUUGGAUGAUGAUGGAGUCACCAGAGACGUGACAAAAAAUUAUGAAGGCCCUCCAAACAAAAUAUUCAAUCUCGGAAAGGAAAGAAUGAUGUAUUUGGAUGAAGAUGAAGAAAAACUAUUCAAAGUCAAGAUCAAAUCCAUCGAAGAUCUCAGUGAUUACUUGAUAGACUUUGGUGGUGGCGAUCGCCAAUGGAAAAAGAGAAAGGAAAUCAAAAAUCCGUCUUUGAAAAAACGAUUCAUCAAAUUAGAAGACCGCAAAAUAGUCCUGAGUGCCAAACGUAUCAGAAUCCAAAGACAGUUGUGA